GUUAUACUGGUACUGUGCUGUUCCAAAAGGGUAAAUUAUCUGAUGUAAUUGGCGAACUUCAGAACUUCGUAAGGAAUUAUGAAAAAUCAGGGGAGACAGAUGCUGGAGAUUCUGAUCUUGCGGCACAGGUUCGUAAGCUGACAAUGGAGGUUCAUCAAUUUGCUUCUGCACGCUCAAUUACUGUUCUAAAUGGAAAUUCUAGUGGUCACUUGACAGGUCUUAUCAUUCCAACUGCUACUGUAGGGGCACUGGGUUAUGGAUAUAUGUGGUGGAAGGGUUUAUCGUUCUCUGACCUUAUGUAUGUAACCAAAAAGAGUAUGACAAAUGCUGUUUCAAAUUUGACAAAGCACUUGGAGCAUGUUUCCGAGGCGCUUGCUUCAACAAAGAGACAUUUGACACAGAGAAUUGAGAAUGUUGAUGGGAAAUUGGAUAAUCAAAUGGAUAUGUCAAAACUAUUAAGGAGUGAGGUUAACGAUGUGCGUGGUGAUCUAUCCGAAAUUAAUUCUGAUUUGGAUGAAUUACAGAGAAUGGUUUCUGGUCUGGAUGGCAAGUUACUUUCCUUGGAAGGCAAACAGGAACUUGCAAAUGCUGGUGUCAUGUACCUGUGCAAUAUAGUAAAUGGAAAAAGGGUGAAGAUGCCUGAUACGCUUCAGGAACAACUCAAAAUUGUGGGCAACUCAACACCAAGUCUGAUGGGCCUUAAAGAUCUUGCGGACUCUUUGCCGCAAGGAAAUUCCAAUAGGUAUCUAACUGAUGGCGUUGCUGAAGAUGGUUCUCUUAAGUCAAAUGAUCCACCAAGAAGCCUACUAAUGAGGACGACUUCUACCAAGUGUUGAUUCACCCAAUAUCGAAGGAAAAAUCGUCUGUUUUUCGGGCACAGCUUUGGGGGUUGGAGGAUGGAUCUUUUGAGGUUGAGCAGCAGUCUCUUCAAUUGCUGUUCCACUGAAUGUAUUUAUACCUGCACUAGUUUUUCAUCUCUCCUCCACAUACAUGUUCUGUUGAUGGUAUCAAUCACAACAAUUGUACAUGAUGGAAUAAAAUACGUGAUACUGGGUAGUAAGUAGAGUGUGGUGACACUGUUAGUUUGACAAAAGAUGUCUGAAAAUUGUUCUAGGUGUUUUCUUCUCUAGAUUAUUUUGGUAUCUCAUUUUGAUCUUCAAGGUACCA